GCUAACAACUCCCAACAUUGUAGGAUGUUACAGUCGCGUCCAUUUGCACACCCUGUUGCAUGUUGUUGAGUGUUAGUGGGAGUUGUUGCGCAAAGUUUGAAACUGGUCAAACGUUUGAGCCAAUAACUCCCAACAUUUCUUUUGUUCCGUAUCUCCAAAGCAUAACGCAACAAUAUUGGAUCCGUUUACACAGCUCUUCCAACAUUGCUGGGGCAACGCACGCGCCAAAGAUGGCUGUCGAAUUCUUAUGGGGUUGUAUCCUUUCCAUUAUGCACUGCAGGUACAAACACUGUUGGGAGUUGUUCCAUCCGUUUUCACACCACUGCAACACGGACGCAACAAUUGUCUUUGUAUUAGGGACCUUAAGCAAAGACGUUUUUGAGCGACGCACGUCAACCGGAAGUGAGGCCUUCUCCCUCUUUAUAUGCCUUGACGCUAACAAACUUGUAUUGCUGAGUUUCUUUUCUCUUUUAAAGACGAUUUACCCGAGAGUUUCAACCAAACCACUCCCCAAUGAUGCAAAAAGUUCACUUCCGGUUGACGUCCGUCGCUCAAAAACGCUGUUGCUUAAGCUCCCUAUUGUUGGCCCAACAAUGUUGGGAGUUGUUGCGUCCGUUUGCCAGAAGCUCAACGUAUCAGAAAAAUGUCUUUUGAUGACUUUGUUUCUAGUUGACGCUUCAAAGUAGACUUAAUAUGUUUGCCGGUAGUUCGACUCACCACAGUUAAAACGUUAAUUUGCAAUUUAAAAAUGAUGUUUCUUUAGAAGCUCUCAUUUUCACGGCCGCUGUCAUAUGUGCAGAAUGAUAUGCGCAGUGCAAAACUUACACUGACCUUAAUUGAAAUUGAACUUGAGGAUGUAUUUCUCGCCAUUGAAAUCCGUUUUUCGAGUUCAUGUUUGAAUUUCAAAAUCUAAAUCCAGAUUUCCCAAUGACAAGCACCCACAUAGUUCCGAGCAGUAUAAUUUUGCACUUUUUAAAGAAUCCAUUGAAAAUAAUGUUAAAAAUAUCUUAUAAAUAAUUUGUCAAUUUUUGGUCAACAGUUGCUGAAACGAAAAUCGUACUUUCCCACUUGUUUGUGUCUUAGGAAUCUUGUAAUCUGACCGUGCAACAUGGAGCAAAUGAAGUUUGAAGAAGAUCCAGCUUAUCAGGUGUGCAUCUAACUUUCAAUUUAAUUUUUCACUUUUAACAAAUGAAACCUUCGCCUGGGAUGGUGGGUAACUUCUUUAACACCAACCAGAGCGCAUCUCAGUCCCCAGGCAGGGUUUCAGAAGAUCUUUGUUGUUCUAAAAGCAAGCUGUCCGACCACGCGACUAAUCUGACACAAAGAACAGUACAAUAACACAAAUUCCAAUCGCAUCACUAUUUCUUUAAGUAGUUGAAACUAGGUUAAAUUAAUUUUGGGGAAGAUUGGUUCUCGUCCAAACACUCGCACAAUUUUGAGGACCGCUCAAAACAAGAGCGUCAUCAGUGCGGUAUUUUCAAUCUAGAGUCGAGCGAUUUACUUCCACCGGUCCUUAUCACCGCUCAGACAACUUCCUCCUGGAUACAUUUCAGUCGACUGAGUCACUUGUUUUUGGAAAAGACAUCAGAAUUGUAAACUAAUGCAGCUAUGAAGGACUCUUAUAUAGUUUACCACUGAUUCAGGUAUAAAAGUAAAUCAAAGAUAAACAGCUUCCUCGUCCAAUCAAGGAAGCGUAAAGGUAGUGUUUCCUUUAUUAAUCCCUCUGAUCAGUCCUCGAAUCUAAAAGUGUAAUAAACUUAGUCAAAGCAUUUUGUAUUCCUGACAGGAGGCUUGUAGGCGAUUGUUGUUCAGUGAUGGCACACGAACAGCUCUUGUUAUUAGCUCUCUGCUGACGCUUUUCCCCAUUGGAAUAAUUUCUUUGGUGUUUUGGAUUCUGGUAAGCACUCAGUUACAUUGUUGUUGUUAUUGGAAGCGCUGUUUUGAACAUUUUCUAAAAAAUGCUUUUAUUUGUCUCGAUUAAUCAAAAAUUAACCCACCCACUCAACUCGCUCAUACCCUCAGUCUGUUCAUCCAUCCAUCCAUCCAUCCAUCCAUCCAUCCAUCCAUCCAUCCAUCUUCUUUUUCUGGGCACAGGUAUAACGGAUGCAAAACUAAAUCUCUUUUUUUUCUUGUAGGCACGAAGGGCUGGGUCAAUGGGACGCAAGAAGAGGGAAGCAGAAAACUUUCACGAGGCCGAAAACAUGGCUCUGACGUCAAUUUCGUUUGGAUUGUGUGCCAUACUAACUAUUUUAAUCUGAAUUCCACAGUUAAAGGACGCAGGUGUCAACUGAGAUGACUGUUUAUAACGAUUAUUUGGGUUUCAGGUCAAAACUCACCAAACUGCACUUGUAAUUCUUCAGUAAAUUUUUCAUGCAAACUCGGCGAAGGCGAAGAAAAGUUUGCUAUGUUUUUCCACUGCCAUGUAAUUCUUUAGACCUAAGCACCUUAACCCUGACUUUUCCUUAAAAUACUGUUU